AGAAAAAUAGGCACCAUUAGCAUCUUGAGAACCUAAUCUCGUAGUUAAAGACGAAAGUAAAUAGAUACAAAUUCACUUCUGUGGGUCAGUUUGCGUACGAAUGAUUUGAAGGCCAGCAAGUAGGAUGGUAUGCUCUCCCGAUCGGAUAUAGGAAAGUUUUCUCCCAUAAGUUACUGUUAAGCCAAGCGGAACAUGUCAACUUCUGGCAUUUCAACGAGUAGUGCACCAACGUGUGGAGUAUAUGGAAAAUACAUGUGCAACUACCAGCCCGGAUAUGCAGUCAUAAUCUUUUUGGUGACGUUAUUCAUACUUGUUGGAAAUAUCUUCAACCUCCUUGUGCUUACUCGGACUCGAGCCAUGCACAACAACCCUGGGUACUACAUGAUCAACUUAGCAGUCACGGAUCUGGGUCUGGGCAUUAUAUGUGGUAUUUGGGCCGUACCACUGUCAGUCUCGGGAUUGUUCCAGUACACUGAAGGCUCCAUGAUCGUGCAUGGUUUCUUCGCACAGUUAUUCUGUGCCGUGUCAAUCUGCACGCUUGGUGGAGUAAGUUUUGACCGCUACCUUGCCAUCAGUCGACCACUUCGCUAUCCGAGCAUAAUGACAGGCAAAGUCUGUUUCGUCAUAAUCAUCGUAAUAUGGAUCGUAAACGUAUUGGUCAUGGUGCCACCUUUUUGUGGAUUUGGAAGUUAUAUCUACAGCGAAAACACUUUCGGCAGCCAUUUUGAUUUCAUGGCAGAUAAAGGCUUGAUGAUAUAUUCGUUCUCAAUACAGAUAUUCCCCGGGAUGGUGGUGGUCAUUUUUAGCUAUGUGCAAAUAUUCCUGAUCACACGGCGUCAUAUCCGAGCGAUCAACAUCGCAGGACCGCGAGGUGGAGGAAAGAUCUCAUCAAACAAAGCGAUGAAAACGUUAGCCAUUACCGUUCUUGUAUUCUUUGUCUGUUGGAUACCGUUCACAGUCCAGCAGAUGGUCGUGGCAUCGAUUAACCACCACCCUGAAAUCGACAACACACCGACCGACAGUGACAACACACCGAGACCACUUGACUUCAUCUUAACAUGGCUGGCCGUGAGUAACAGCUUCAUGAACUGCAUCAUCUAUAGCGUCACGAACAAGGAGUACCGAAACGGCGCAAGGAAGAUUCUGUACGCCAUGGCGGGGAAAGUCCCACCUCACCAGCACCAUGAAACGUCAUUUGCCCCGUCCUCGACAUCAUCCACGGUCAAAUGAAACAUGUAUGGUUCACGUGUUAUUCAUUGGCCUGGAUGCUGCAAGAACUGCAGCCGUGUCAAGCGUAUUUCAGUUCAACCAAUCACCAAUGGUGGCGCCAUCAGUACUAUUUGCUGAGGACUACAUCCUUAACACUGACGGUACAUUAUUUGAGAUCAUUCUCUUUGAUGAUACCAAAAAAAGUUUCAACAGAUGGUGAAAACUGAAAACGAUUGGCCAAAUUCGGACAAUGACUAACACGUGAGCCAAAUAUCAAACAUUAGAAGAAAGUACUGAGAUAAGGAAUAACAAGGUACAUGUACCUAGAACUUGAACAAGAGAAUUUAGAUAUUGUAUAUAUCAUGAAUGUCGCACAGAGAUAAUACACUAUCUGCACCUAAACUUGAGAAUAUCUUUAAAGGGGUAAGCUGUCCGUAUUUACCGGUAAUCGUAGAAAUGCAUUUACGCACAAUGCCGUAGUGCAGUUAUCAU